UACAAUAUUAAUGGUGGAGGGAUAUUCAUUAAUUUUACCCAUUCAUUUACCGCAGUGCACUUAUAUUUUGUGAUAAUGAAAUUUACACCUGGUCAAAGAAUUCUAUUGAUCAUGUUGAUAAGUCGUUGGAAUCAGUGUUACGAUUUAACCAUGAUAACAGCAGGGUGUAAGGCAUGUGUCUUAUAGGAUAUUAAUAGUCUGAUGGUGGAGGCAUAUUCAUUAAUUUUACCCAUUCAUUUACCAUAGUGCACUUUUAAUAAUUCGUGAUAAUGAAAUUUACACCUGGUAAAAAUAAACCUAUUGAUAUUAGUUAACUAAACAAAAGGGAAUUUAUCUGUGAGUUUGAUUGUAUUGUGAGAAGUUUAUGUAAUUUUUUAUCAUCAUAGACUGUGGGAAGAAGUGCAUGGUAAAAGAAUUCCAUUGAUAAAGUUCAUUAACAAAAGGGAAUUUUACAGAAACAAUUUGAUUUCAUUGUGAGAUGUUUAUGUAAUAUGUUACAGACUGUGGGAAGUGUGGUAGCAUUUUCUUUUUUUAAAACUGUCUGAUGUAAAGUUUGGAUGGAAGUAUUAAUUAAAUUGUCAAUACUCACGGAGGAUUGUACACGACUUUACUAGUCAAGAAUCAGACUGAUCAAUGAAUAUACUGAUGGAUUUUUUCUCCUCUUUGCUUUUUAUGCCAGUGACGAUUUCCUAGACAGAUUUACAUUGUCCGAGCCCAUUGAUUUCCUAUCAAAGUUGAUCAAGUUUAACCUUUUUUGUUUGUGUGGUAGCAAGUGUGCAGUAAUUAAUAGUAAUUGCAUUUCGAAAGGAUUUAUAUCAAAACUGGAUUAAAAAUUUUAACGCAAAAGCAAGGAUUUUCUUACGUAAUGACAGGAAUAAUGAACGAGGGAAUUGUUUGAUUUUAGACAAGAGCCGAUAAAUUAUAACGUGUAUUGACUAACUCAGUUUAACUGUAGAUAUACCCAAUAAUGUAGACCUCCAGAAUAACAACAGCAAUGUAGCUACCAGUCCCAAUGUCAGUAAACCAACAUCCCCUCUGCGUUUUGUUGGCCAGCUGUUACAUCUGGGAAAUCGGCCACAGAAUAACAUCUCAAUGAAUGUGGAACGUCUUUUAAGACGAGGUAGUCUUCCUGCUUUCAGGAAAAAGUCGGACGCCAGUAAAAUCCCUGCACUAAAAGCUUUGACAAAGAAAAGUACAACACCAAAAAGUCCCAAUCUUGCCAAGAAACGACAGACAUCACCUGACAAUGUCGGUACAACACCGAAGACUAAUUUAACGACAUUAUCGGUCACAGCACCUUCAGAUGAAAUGGUCCAUAGGAGUACAGAGGAUUUAGAAAGCGAGGAAGUGAGUAGCAGGGACAAUGGUAGCAGUGGAGAAGGUGCCCUUGAUGAAGUUGAUGGACAGACAGAGUGUUCUAUCUCUGAUGUUGAGAGGACUAAACAUGCCAAGGAAAACCUACAGACCAAGAUCAACAAAACAAUGGAAAACAUCAAAGGAGAACAAGCUGUCAAAGAAGAACAUGUGAAUGAAUAUUUACGACUAGCGUCAAACGCUGACAAACAACAACUACAAAGAAUAAAGACAAUAUUUGAAAAGAAAAAUCAGAAAUCAACACAAACAAUUAGUGCUUUGACUAAAAAAGUAGAAAAUUAUCAUAAACGAAUGAAUGACUUAGAUACAUAUGGAUUUACCGGACAUAAACAAGCUAGGGAGCGGUUACGGGACCUGGGUCAAGGCUUUAAGGGAGUUGGUGCAAAUAUUGUUGAUGGUAUUACAGGGUUUUCUGGGGGUGUUGUUGGAAAUAUCAAAGGUGCUAAAGAUCAUAUAAAGACCAAACCAAGCCAGUUAGCUCAUAUGAUAAAGAAUAAAUUUGGAAGUGCUGAUAAUAUAAGCCAACUCAAGACAUCGAUAGAAGACACAAGUAUUCCAGAAGGGGAGAUUAAAAAUCAGACCAGUACAUUACCAGCUAGGUAUGAGUACAAUUUCAAAUUUUCGGACGAUGAUAACUCCAGCGUGACAUCAGGAUCCGUAGGCUUGUAUCACAAUAGUCCACAGUCAGCCUCCCAGCAUACAUCACAACAACUUCCUGUUAUACAGCAGUCAAUAAAUCUAGAACCAAUCAUACAUGAACUACAGAAAUCACAUGAGGCCAACAAGAUCAUUCAGGAAUCUGUCCAACAACUGUCUGAUGAGUUUGAAACUUAUAAGAUUACUGCCCAGAGUGAUAUAGGUAUGUUAAAAACCUUGUUAGAAGAAGAACGUUACCGGGUAGAAAGAUUAGAAGUACAGAUAAAUGAUAUGACUGAACUACAGCAACAUGAAAUACAGAAUCUACGACAGGAUAUAACUGGUAUGGAGGAGAAAACAGAAUACAGACUUGACGAGAGGACCAGCGAUAUACAUGACAUGUUAGAGAAUUGUACCACAAGGAUCACAAAGAUGGAGCUUCAGCAACAACAGCAGCAGAUUAUCUCCAUGGAGAUGGUUGAGAAUGUGACCUUUCGAACUUUGUUGACAAAGAUGUUAAAUGUUGUUUUGGCUAUAUUAGCUGUUAUACUUGUUUUUGUAUCUACACUUGCCAACUGUCUUGCACCGUUUAUAGCUAAUAGGACAAGAGUUUUGAGUACGACUGUUCUAAUUGUUAGUAUUGUAAUGAUGUUCAGAAACUGGGACGGCAUCUCUAGCCUAAUAGGAUCUAUAUUUAACUUUCUGAGUAGUUUAUUUCCACAAAGGUGACGAGGAUGGUAAUAGUAUUGAAACUUGAUCUGGUAGUUGGACAUAUCCAAUAAUUAUUCAAAUCUUCUCAUUUAUAUGAACGGAAGGAGGACAUAUUUCUCAAUCAGAGGGAGAAUUCAUUUCUCCUUCCAAGGGAGAAAUCAUUUCUUGACUGGUGGCAACGAACUCAUUUUUACAUUCAAUAUUCAGUGAACAAUUAGGAAUUGAAUGAGGAAUCUGUCUUUAUGGAUCUGAAAUUAUAGGUUGUUAACAGCUGUGCUGUUAUAAUGAUAGUCCAAUCAGAAACAAGCUGUACUGCUAUUUCGACCAAUGGGAGAACUGCUUAUAAUCAGUGUUGUUAUUUCGACCAAUUGAAGAGCUGCUUAGAAUCUGUGAUUUGUGUAUUUGGUGCUGAAUGUUGUCAAUCAAAGUGAUGGAAUACUGACUGUCAGAAAUUACUGACAGUUGUCAGUGUGGAUAAAAGUGCUCUUUUGAUGACAAUGUUUUACAUUGUAGUUCUUCAUGUAAAUGUGAUUAAGUAUUUUUAAUCAGAUGGGGAUGAUAAUGGUUUUAGAUAAAAUGUUAUUGUACAUGGCCAUUUUAUUUUGUUAAGUGUGAGCAUAUGAUUUUAAUAUGUGUAUGUUGAUUUAAGAGAUUUUAAUAGUUUGCUGUUAAAAGUUUUUAUUUUAAAUGCAAUAGAUUAUUGUAUGGAAAAUGUUUGAAUAUAAAAUUGAUCAGUCCAUUUAACAUUAACAAUGACAGUUUGUUUUCUGGGAACCCCUAUUAACAAAUUUUUAUAUUACCACUUCCAUAUGAAACUUACAUGUAGAUUUUUUCAUAGAUAUUCACUUGUUUACACAUAGUAUGAAAUUCCAUUGUUUCAUUAUUGCCAAUCAAUGCAAAGGGCAGAAAUCGUAUUUUAAACUUAACAUUAAUAUAAAAGGGACAUGUUGGAAAGGGAGAUAAUUUAUUUAUUAUCUUUUCUUUUUUUUUGAAAGAGAGGCAUUUUAACUUUUGGUAAAUUAAAUGUUGUGGAAGACAAUGUAAUAAUACUGUGAUUUUUUUUAUUUUGGUGAAAAUAAUUCUCUAGAAACUGUCUAUUAGAAAACACACCAUAACAGAGAAGGGAAAAAAAAUACCAAUUUGAUAUUAAAACUCACAAUUCUAAAACAUAAAACAUUAAUGCCAUGCUAAAUAAUCGAAAAAACUAUAUAUUUUUUUUAUCAGAAUGCAAAAAAUAACAGAAAUCUAAAGACUGAACAUCAAGAAACCUACAAAAAAACUUGGACUUAAGGUGGUACCUAACACUACAGGGAGAUAACUCUGUAAAAUCAGCUAACGUUUCAAUUACUUUGUGUUGUCUAUAAGGGAAUAUUAAGCUUCUCAAUGAUCAAAAUUAGUGUUUGUCAAACUGCUAUAUAACCAGUGUAAUUUUCUGAUAAAUUGGUUGGGUUCAAAUGUUUUGAAAUUUUUAUAUUUUUGUCAAAGGGUCAAAGUAAAUACUUUGCCAAAAUUUUAUGAAAAUUAAACAAGCCAAAUCAAUUUUAAGGAAGGUGUUGGGUACCACCUUCAAAAACAUGAGCUGCAGAAUGUAUGCAAACUGCUAAGUUACAUUUUAUUAACUUGAUACUGUAAACAUAGUUAUACCUACAGUCGUUUAACAUUGCCAAAAGUUUUAUUAUUAUUGAUGCAAUUAAACAGUGCCAACUGUGAAAUAAAUAUGUUGUAAUUAAUGAUUUAGAGUUCUCUCCCUUUUUAAAAAUGGAGACUUUUUCCUCGCAUUUGUAAAAUUGUGCAUAAAUAUACACCACUAUUUUUGUUAGAGUCAUAUGCAUUAUUUCUUUGAAUGGAUUUAAGGGUUCAAUAGUUUUUAACAUUACAUUUAUGUUUUUACAGAUUUCAAAGCAUUAGUUAUUGUAUGAAGUAAUUUGCUGGUCAAAUUCACUAUUUAUUCAAUUUGGGACAUUUUUCAAUAUCAUGUUUUUUUAGUGGUAGAUAUCAUUUUUAUGAUGUUCUUUGAACAAGUAUCUAUCAUUUACUGUCUUUCAUCAGUCAUUUAAUGUUCUUAG